AUGCAUCCGGCUCCGAGUCUGGUAGAAGCGCCUCCGAAGAACGGCAGUGAGGAGUCUGGAAACAGACCCCAAACCGCAUCGCCUUCAAUGUCGCAACAUGAAUUGCCCCAGUCGGCACAGACUCCGGCGCAACAACAACCGCAGCCGCAACCGCAGCCCUCGCCGCCGCCGCCUCAACAGCAGCAGGCUCAGCAGCAGACUACUCCUCAGCAGCAGCAACCUCAACUCCCUCCGCCGACCCCAGGCCAGUCGGCCUCUCCUCCAUUGAGGAAGGACACCAACUCGUCCAUCUCAACUCAGGCUACCGCGGCCUCUGCUGCUAGCAACAUGUCCGCGGAAACAAACAACACAUCGUACAGUGCCGACACCUCUCCUAACUUAACAUCCAUAUUCCAUGUCAAGGAUGGCUCCGACGUCUCUAACCGGGUCCGCGCGAGCAGGAGGCGAACCGGUCCUUUGUCCCAGCAACAGAGAGAGAAAGCCGCCCUCAUUAGAAAGCUCGGCGCGUGUAAUGACUGCCGCCGCAGGAGAGUUGCUUGUCAUCCCAGCCAUCACAACAUGACCUGGGAGGAUGCCGUCCGAAAAUAUCACAGGUCUCACAGCCCUACCAUUCAGGACAUUGCUCCUUCUCUGUCUGCUCAACGGCCCCUUAGUCCUGCGCCUCUCAUGAACAGUGUGAAGCCGAUGUAUCCUCAGGACGCACAGGACAUGAUGGAAAUCGACUCGCCGACGCCGCCAGGACAGCACCGACUGAGUGAAUCUCGCAUCCGCACGCCGUUGCCGUCGGGCCCGCGCCUGGACAAGCCGCCGAUGCUCCCAGGCAUCGAAAGCCUGAAGUCUGACCUACAGACUAACGUUUCGAGGAUUCUCUCCACCCCCAGCCGUAGUCGCUACUCCAGUGCGCAGGCAUUGCUGCUGUACUGGCAGGAUGACCCUGAUCUCAGUGUCGGAAGCUCGGUCAAAGAGCUUAGCGAAGUCCUCGACCAGUACUACCGAUAUACGUUUUCAAUCUCCCCUAUUCCGUCUUCAUCCGAGGCUUGUAAAAACCCAUGGAGAUGGCUUUCACGGAAGAUUACAGACUUUGUGGAAGAUCGCGACCAGCGCGAUGUCUUAAAGAUUGUCUAUUACAACGGCCAUUCAUACCUGGAUGGCAACCGGGAGAUGGUUCUUGCCAGCUCCAAGGAUGUGGAAAAGGCCGAGACGAUCCGGUGGAGCGGCAUCCAACAGGUUUUGGAAGAGGCCUGCUCAGAUACCCUAAUCAUCAUGGAUGCCGCGUUCUUCCCAUCUUCCAAGAUGCACCGUCAACAAGGUGUCUUGGAGUUGAUCGCUGCGGCAGUGUCCGAGGAACAUUUCGACGCCCUCGAUCGUUGUACUUUCACCAAAGUUCUCACUGAGCACCUGAAGACGCGUGCUUCCCAACGCUAUGCGAAUCCAUUCUCGGCAGCCGAGCUUCACUCAAAGCUGCUUUCGAACUACCCGUCCCUCGUCCAGGACAGAAGUCCGGAAAAGGAGACUAUCACGAGCUUUCCCUCACCUCUCCACAUGCAAAUGUCUGGUAAUGCCCGUUUGCCGUCGAUUCUCCUGGCUCCGCUCAACAUCGGCCCUAUGAGGUCGAGUCUGCCCUUCGGCACAGAGGGUCAGCAACUUGUUCUGUCGAUUCGGAUCGGAGAUGACCCCAUUGAUGUUGAUGAUUGGACCGAGUGGUUGAGAAUGAUGCCAGAUGGUAUCAAGGAUGUGAGGGUUGACGGUCCUUACCGACCGGCGAGGUAG